UUCACCAGUCAGUUCGAGCUUUAGUACAGAUGCGUAUAAUGGGAGGUCGAGCAGGAGCAAUACUGCUCGUAUUUGCACAGAUCCUCGGGAUCCAGGGCUCACCAUAUUUGCUGGACCCUAACUGCGCAUCAGCUAGAUCGGAUGCAGGACUCUAUCGUGUGAUUAACGGCAGUAAUGCGGACUUGCUGUCCAAUCCCUGGAUGGUUAUAGUAAUCGAACGUGGGAUAAUGAAGUGCGGCGGAUCGCUCAUCAACCCACGAUACGUACUGACAGCUGCGCAUUGCAGAAGCAAAAGUGAUCGACAAUUGACAGUGCGCUUGGGAGAGUAUGACGUGAAUCAGCGGCUCGAUUGCACAGACUAUGGCUGCAUUCCAAAGCCCAAGGAAGUCAAUGUGACUAGAACGUUUGUGCAUGGGCAGUACACCGAUUUCCGCAGGAACGAUAUAGCUCUGCUCAGGCUGGAAAGAAGUGUACAGUACGGAGAACACAUUAGGCCGAUCUGCAUGAUUAUGGGGGAUUGGAACUGGUCAUGGAGAGUGCUGAAAACUAUUCCAUCAUUCAACACCACAGGCUGGGGUCGCACCGGAUUCAAUACAAACAGUCACGUCCUCCAGCAAACCACACUGACGCACUACCAACUGGGCUACUGCUCCCAGUACUUCAACAGGCAUCUGGAUCACACCCACAUCUGUGCGGCGAGCAGCACCAGUUCCACUUGCUCUGGCGACUCUGGAGGUCCCCUCACCGCAAGGAUGCUUUUCGGGCGGGUAAGGAGAGUCUUCCUCUUCGGCGUGGUCAGCUAUGGCUCAGGUCACUGCUUGGGACCCACUGUCUUCACCAAUGCCCUGCCCUAUGCCGGUUGGAUCGAGAGGGUCACCAGAACACUAUAUUGAGUGACUUUGAUUGGCAAUCGAACUUCCAUAACUCAAACUUUCCAAAGCAAAAUUUUUCUAUAAUGCGAAACUUUAAUCUUCAUAUAUAUUGUAGAUAUCUUAUCUUAUAACUCAAAGCCCCUGGGCUUUUUCAAGAAUCAAUGCUAAAUAUUAUUUAUUUAUUAAUGUUUAAAAGACAAAUAAAUAUUUUAAUGAAUUCGAAAAAAUAUAAAACAUUUUCGCUUAUUCUUUAACUUAAAGUCUUUGUAAAUCUUAUGUUUACGUUGGCAGAUGGAGGUUCGAGCUAUGAAAGCAAAACUUUAACAAGUCAUUUAAUAAGAAUACGUUGUCACGGCUUUAUUGUCGAAUUUUUCCAUUAAUAAAAUUUUAAUAUUCGA